ACCGUGCGAAUAGUUCGAAGACUGACUUACCAAAGACUGUUAAACCGGAAGCAGCAUGCAAAAAAAGUCCUUGGAGAAUGUUUGACUGUUGUAUAAAUUAAACGAGUUAAAGGAUGGCGCACAAUAGGGUCAUACAAUGGUCCACUAUGUCCAGGAUUUGGUGGCUGUAUGAUGCUAAAUAUCAAUGUCCCUUCAGAUCAGCUCGUGUCAUCUCGGGAUAUUUGCAGGGAAAACACAAACCACUAUACCAUGCUUUGUCUGAUGUUGGGGAUCAUGUGGUGGUGAUAAAUUCUCGUCACAUUGCCCUGAGAGAGCAGCUCUGGAGGACAUUUACCUUCAGUCAUCACACAGGGUAUGCAAGAGGGUUUUCUAGGACACCUGCCUGGAGACUGCAUUCGAUGGAACCAACCAUGGUUAUAGAAAAGCUUGUGUAUAGAAACAUACCAGGCACUCUGCUGAGAAGGAAGUACAUGAGACGGCUCCACAUCUAUCCAGACGAGGAAGUGCCUUCAGAAAUCCUUAGCAACGUUUGUGAUCAGAUUCCUCAAAUUCAAAUGAUCCCUAAACGUCUAGAUGAGUACACAGCAGAAGAAAUUCAGGCGUUUCCAAAACUGUUUGACUGGAGUGAAGAUUAUGUAACGGAAAACAUGACAGAAAAAACAGCGAAAGAGAAAACGGAUUAAUGGCAUGAUUCACUUGUGGUUGAUUGUAUUGUGUGAAAACAAGAUUAGAACGAUUGAGCGAAGUGAUGCGUAUUUUGUGAUGUGAAAAUUGAGUGAUGAAUAAGGUGUUAUGUUGUACUGGAUGUGUAAUUUGUAUGUGAUAUAGUUUUUACAUAAAGAAAAUAAUUUAUUUUAA